ACGUAUUUCGUCAGUGUGAUUUCGUAAGAAAUUGUGAAAAAACGUUUCCCGAUCAGGCGGAAUUAAUCUUAGCAAAGUCAUGUUUUACUGACAAAACAUAUUUAAAUGGCGAGGUUUAUAGCACAAAUAAUCGUCCUGGGUGGACAAGUGGUAGCACGAGCUUUUACUCAAGCAUUGAGACAGGAAUUUCAAAGAGGACAAGCUGCUCAAAGUGCAGCCAAAACUGCAAAAGAAGGAGCGAAACGAGCCACAACAAACAGCAUGAUGGGAAUAUCAUUAGAGGAAGCCAAACAAAUUCUAAAUGUGGAAACAAUUGACAAAGAAGCAAUUACUAAAAGUUAUGAUCAUUUGUUUAAAGUAAAUGAAAAGUCUGGUGGAGGGUCGUUUUAUAUACAGUCAAAGGUGGUUCGCGCUAAGGAAAGACUGGAUGCUGAACUGGAAGCUACGGGAAAAGAAACGCAACAAAAUGAGAAUAAUGAUGACAAAUGACGUAACAACUGACGUCACAAAUGACGUAACAAAUGACGUAGUGGAGCACACAGCAAAGUAUGGAAUGAAAUCAUUCCCCGGGCGGCAAUUUUUACCAUGUUAGCUUGCAUGAACACUGUGACACCCAACCACAAGGCCACUAUAAAUUUCUACUUUGAAAUUAUUAGACAGUUUUAAACUAAGGUUAGCCGAAAUUCUUUAUUACGUGUGCUUGUCAAGUGUGCUCACAUAGCUACUGUAUUUAAACAUGAUGUUAAUUGCUUCUUUCAAUCACUGUAGUAACUUGUGUAAGUUCAAAAAAAGCCUUUUUUGAAAUACCCUGUAUAUAAUAAAGUUUGUAUAUAAUCAAAAUAUCUCUACAGUGCAUGAGAAGGCUAGUCUUUGAGAUUCAAUCAGCUCUAAUGCCCGGCCAAACUCGUAGUUUUUUACACGAGAAAUCCAAGUACAAUUCAUUUCUAUCAUUGAAUACAGUUCUUUAAAAUAUAUCUCACAUUGUUUUAUCUACUGCAGUUUAAAAAGAAUAUAACAACGAAUAUUUUCAGUAAAAUUUUAUGGACUUAAAACAACUAUUAUCGAACAAAUUAUUACGAGAAAGUAUUAAAACUUCAAUAACUUUUUUAUUACUUGAAAACAAACAAAGUGUUUAGUCCUGUGAAAAUAUAGACCCCAUGGCCAUGCCAAAUUCAUUGCCGGUGUUUUUAAACUUUCUAUCAAUAGUCUUGUCUGAACAAUAUGUAGGUUCGAUAAUGGCAGCCCCGUUUUCUUGUGAAAUAUCAAAAUUCAAAACAAUAAAAGGGUUUCUUUAUGUUAUAUUGCAUAUAUACCGGCUCUUUGAAGAGGUAAAAAAGAUUAAUACAUUUAAUGACUGGUUGUUAAUAUAACUUGACAUAUUUCAGUCAAAUUUGAAUUCAUGCAAUUAUAU